AAUGAGUUAAUUUUAAAGACCUACUUCAUCAAGAAAAGGCACAUUUAAUCUUCCAACAUAAUCAGGAGAUUUAGAAGAAUAUAUGUAUUAAAUAAUAUUGAGAGUAGUCAAAUAUUAUAUGAUCAUUAAAAGAGUUGUGAAAAAGCUGGUAAAUAUUUAGAAGCAGAUCAGGCUAAAAAAAGAUUGGCAGAAUUAAAGAAAGAAUUAGAAAUAAAAAAUAAAGGAGGUGUCAAAGAUAGACAUUGCACAGAGAAAUAAGAAAUUGAGAAAGCACAUCUUGAAGAAUUCAAUUAAUUUAAUUAAUUUUGGGAUUAAAAGAUGAUAGAGUUUGAUAACGAAGCUCAAAAAGUGAAGGAAUAAACCCUUUAAAGACAUGAAGAUGAAUUAAGAUAAUUUUCUGAAGAAUUAGAGAAUUCUCUUCCAGUAAAACCCAAGGAUUCAGCUGAGCUUUUAGCUUUGAGAAAAACUGAAGAAUAAUUAGCUAAAUAAGAGAAGUAUUUAUAAAUUAUUAUAUAUUUAGUUAUUUGGAAGCUCAUGUAUUACAAUCUAGAAUUUAAGGAUAAGAAAGAGAUGAAUAUGAGAAAUGGACAUCCUGUAGAUAAUAGAAGAUAAGAAAUUUAAUAACAUAAUUAAGAUAGAAAUAAAUCAAUGAAUUAAAUGCUUUGACUUAAAGAAUAUUAAGUGGAUAAGAAGAAUAAAGAAAAAUUCGAUCUUAAGAAUUAGAAAAGUGAUUUUUGUUGAUUAUAUUUUAGGUUACUGUAAAAAUAUCAAAAUGUGAGAAAAGAAUUAGAAAGCCAAUAAACAUAAGAAAUUACUAGACUAGACAAGAAUAGCAAAACAUAAUGUAUAUUAUUAGUUUAGAAUAUAUAGCCAUUAUGCAAUAAUCCAGAAUGAAUCAAUCAAGGAUGUAAUAAAGUUAAGCCAGGGAUGAGAAUCAGUAUAUCAGAUGAUAUUUAGUUAAAAUACUAUAAAUAUAUAUAAAUUAAAAUUUAGAAUGGGUUCAGCAUGUAUUAAAAAGUAACCACAUCCUCAACGAUAACAAUAAUAGCGACAAAUAUAAUCUCGAUAAUCAUAAAGCACAAAUUUGUCAUCACAUUAAAACACGUAACGUCGAGCUUCAGAAUCACAAUAGCCUUAAUAACAAACUAACCAGAUAUAAAUCAAAGAAAACUCCUCCAAACCUCUUUUAAAUAGUGGGGUAAAUGCAGACCUUAAUUUAGUUUACUUCACCAAGAUCUGAUUUAAAUGAUAAGUCAAUGACUAGCAAGAACGAACUAACUAAAGUUGAACCAUUAAAACAUCGCUUUCUCUAAUAAGAGUCAGAUAGUUAUCUUUUUAAAAAUAACGAUGCUCCAGAUUCAGAUAUAGCUAUAUAAGUCAAAGAACCAGAUAUAACAAACCAAAACGUAGCCAAAGUAUUAAAAUCUCUCCCUCCCUUUUAAUAUGAUCCUGACUUAAAUAAAAAAUUUAAUGAUUGUAUCUCUUUACCACCUCAUGUAAUUAUACUUACAAUAAAAACUAGUAAUUCAUUAAUACAGGUAUUAUAUAUGUAGGGCAAUGGAGAAAUAAAUAAAAAUAAGGCAAGGGGCGUUAAUAUUGGCCAGAUGGUACUUAUUAUGAAGGAUAUUGGUUAAAUCAUGGAGCUAAUGGAAAAGGAAGGUUAAUUCGUUCUGAUGGCUCCUAUUAUGUAUUGAUUAAUAAUCCUAUUAUUUCAGGAAGGAGAUUGGCUUGAUGAUUUAUAAUUUGGAUUUGGUAAAAAUGUUGAUUCAGAAGGUAAUAUUUAUGAAGGAGAAUGGAAAGAUGAUGAAAAAGAUGGUUAAGGAACAGAAAAAUGGGUAUCAGGAGAUACAUAUUCAGGUUAAUAUUAGGGAGGAAUGAAACAUGGUAAAGGAAAAUAUAUUUGGUCUAAUGGAAAUUGUUAUGAAGGAAAUUAUUUCAAAGAUUAAAUUGAUGGAUUUGGCACCUACAAAUGGCCAGACGGUUAAGUUUAUACUGGAGAGUGGGUUAAGAAUUAAAUGUAUGGAAAAGGUACGUUUAUUUGGGUUAAUGGCAAUAAAUAUGAAGGUGAUUAUAAAGAGGAUAAGAAGGAAGGUUAUGGAGUUUUCUUCUAUGCAGAUGGGAAAACAUACAAAGGAGCAUGGCAUAAUGGGAAAUAACAUGGAAAAGGAGUUUUAAUUGAAGCUGAUGGGAUGGAGAUUGUUGGUGUGUGGGAAAAAGGAAAACUAGUUUAAUAAGAAUGA